CACUCGAAUAAAUACGUGAAAUAAAAUCUGAAAGGCAGGAAGACCGGCGGCAGAAAUCAGUUAUAUAAACAACGGCACGGGCUACAAAAACACAUGGGGAUGUAGCUCAGUGGUAGAGCGCAUGCUUCGCAUGUAUGAGGUCCCGGGUUCAAUCCCCGGCAUCUCCACUCUUUUUAUUUCAUUUAAUCGAUGUGAUGGUGGAAAAAAAAAAUUGAGACGAAAUCUGCGGGGACAUUAUUAUUAUUUUUUUUUUCUUAAAUUCACGUUGAUUAUCUUUAAAAAGGGUGGUUAGGUUGGUGCGUCAAGUUGCUGCUGCACACCGGAACUACAAACAUGGCAGGUGCGAUUUGCAUCUCCGCCGAAUAUGUUGUCAAUAAAAGCCGCACACGCAGAACGUCAACACAACAAGAUGGACGUCGCUUUCGGAAUCGCGAUGUUCCCGCAGCAGCAGCAGCAGCAGCAGCUUAAGCAUUGAUUUGUCGGGAAACCGCUGACGACGACGAGGAUGUUACUGGCGUCCGCCGUGGUCGUGUGGGAAUGGCUGAACGAGCACGGCCGCUGGCGGCCCUACAGCCCGGCGGUGUGUCACCACAUCGAGGCGGUGAUCCGGAGCGAGCCGCGUUGCGCUAGCGUGGUCCUCGGCCAGGUGGACUCUCGCCUCUCGCCCUACAUCAUCGACCUGCAGUCCAUGCACCAGUUCCGCCAAGACACGGGUACCCUUCGAGCGGUCCGCCGCAGCUUUUACGAGCCCACCUCGGCACCCGGCCAGGGUUGGCUGUGGGAGUGGGAGAACGACGUGGGCAGUUGGACAGCGUACGACACAGAGGUGGGCAUUGCCAUCCAGGCGGCCCGCGACCGCCAGCAGCCCUGGCUGGAUCUGGCGCCGCUGGGGUUCUGCUACCUCAUCGACUUCGGAAGCAUGACCCAAAUCAACGGGCAGACACAGCGCUGCCGCCGCAUUCAGCGACGCGCCGAUUUGGCUUACCCCUUGGUUUCGGGGCCUUUGCCCAAAUCCCACCACACGUGGGCACCUGCGUCCAUGCCUCACCCCGGAGGAGCCGUGGAUGUUUCCGCUGGAAUCAGGACGGGAUGCACAGGUGGUGGAAAUGGGAGCGCGUACCCCAGUGGGGCACUCCCUGCUUCAGCUAUCACCUCUUUGGGGCCACCUUGUUCCUGCCAGCAAUGCAUGCUGCUGCUUAGUGUCAAGGCGGGCACCAUGUCUAGUGCUCAAACCCUGGGUCGGAGACCACCGCAGACUAAACCACCCAGUCCCAAACUGAACAGUCACCUGAUCUCUGGAGCGCCCUUCUCACUGACGCUCCCACGGUUGCCCUCAAUCUCACGGUCGCUCUCCCCUCACAGGACGUCCACAGUCGGGGCAACAAGUGGCCCCGGUGUCGCAGGUGGCGGCCUGGGAAUCGGAAGUCCAGAUACGGCCAGAGGUUUCACACAUUCACUCUCCCUUCUCAACUCAGCCACCGCCUCCCUGUCCAUCAACUCCGGCCGCCCACCGCCCCCAUCGCUUCCUCCUCCGCCGCCGCCCCCGCUGCCUACCCCGCCUCACCCUUCCACCUCCCUGUCCUGUCCAGUUCCUGCCGUGCCCACUUCGGGCCCGCCUAUCGGCUCGGCCUGUGCGCCCUCGCCUUCCGCCCGCGUCCUGGGACCACUGACUUCGUCUCUGCCGCCGCGGUCAAGCCUGGCGGGGCUGAGCCGACCGGCGAUGCAGCGCCUUGCCAUGGUACAGUCCCGCGCCCUUAUCGCCUCGGGAGUACCAACGGUUCCGGUAAAGAAUCUGAACGGUUCCAGCCCUGUCCAUCCUGCCCUGGCUGGUAAGUAUAUUAACAGUCCAGCAAGUUACACAGUCAGUCAUAUCCAAUAUGGAUGUCAGACAUUUUUUUCCCCCCAGAAUAUAGUCCGAUCUUUUGUUUUGUUUUUUGUAUGUUUUUUUUUUUACAUGAUGUCCUUUUUAGGGAUUACCGGCAUCCUCAUGAGCGCGGCGGGACUUCCUGUUUGCCUGACCCGUCCUCCCAAACUGGUGCUCCAUCCCCCGCCGGUCAGCAAGAGUGACAUUAAACCCGUGCCGGGCUUGGGCCACUGCUGUCGCAAAACCACCAAGAAGCAGGCCCGGAAAGGUAGGACCCCCGAAGAGGUGGUGAAGAGGUAUCUUCAGAAAGUCCGCAGUCCCCCUGAGGAGGACUGCACCAUCUGCAUGGAAGUCUUGGCCGGCCCCUCCGGCUACAAAGGCCCCGGCGUGGGCGGAAUCUCCCGCGCCGAGUCGGUGGGCCGCCUGGCGCAGUGUGGCCACCAGUACCACCUGCAGUGCCUGGUGGCCAUGUACAACAAUGGCAACAAGGACGGCAGCCUGCAGUGCCCCACGUGCAAAACCAUCUACGGCGUCAAAACCGGGAACCAGCCUCCCGGCAAGAUGGAGUACCAUGUCAUCCCACAUUCGCUACCGGGGCACCCUGACUGCAAAACCAUCCGCAUUAUUUACAACAUUCCUCCCGGCAUUCAGGGCCUGGAGCACCCAAACCCUGGCAAACCUUUCACAGCCCGCGGUUUCCCAAGACACUGCUACCUCCCGGACAGCGACAGAGGCCGAAAGGUUCUCAGGCUGCUCCUGGUGGCGUGGGACCGUCACCUCAUUUUUUCCGUGGGCACGUCCAGCACCACCGGCGAGUCGGACACAGUCAUCUGGAACGAGGUGCACCACAAGACAGAGUUCGGCUCCAACCUGACGGGCCACGGCUACCCCGACCCGGGCCACUUGGACAACGUUCUGGAGGAGCUCAAGGCUCAGGGCAUCACCGAGGACGAAUGUCUCCCCCGAGAAUGAGCCAAAUGUGAAACAGAUCACGUGGAUAAGCAAUUUUUGAGGGAGGUCCAAAUCUUUUACUGAAAAGCAGGGGUGGGGGAAACUAGCAUUUGAUCUGGCCGGCCCGCCCCAAAGAUUCAUACGUUGGGCUACGAGUGCAUAGCCACUAUUUAUAGCGUUUUAAAACCUUUUUUUUUUUUAAGGCGACAAAAUUAUAAAACUGUCCGUAGCACGUUAACAUAGAUGCAAAACUUUUUUUUUUUUUUUUUUUUUUAAACAUUCCAACAUCGUUCCAGAGUUAACACGUCUGUCUUAACUUCAAAAGUAAAGUUCACCUUUUUUUAAAUUUGGCUUUGAACAAACUUUUAAAUUCACAUUUGGAGUGUUUGCAGGUUCCGAAUCAUAAAACCUUUUUUUUUUUUUUUUAAAUUGAGUCAAUAUUUUGUCAUGGAUUCAUUAUGGUGCUCUGAGGACUUCCCCACCCCUGUCUUAAAGAAACAGUGGCAAACAAUUAACAAAACACAAAAAUCCCCGUAAAGCGCUUACGGACUGCAUGAUCGACGAUAUUGCGUUUUGACACCACUGUGCACAUCCAGUACAAGUCAGUGAUCAAAUCAACAACAUCAUACUGUGACACUUCAUGUCAAGAAUGUAAGCCGUCACCGUGACGACUUCAUUUCGAGCAUGGGCCUUUGCUGACCUCUAGAGUUACUUUUGGGCAACUGCAUUCCAUUUGCUUCAUUUUGUCACUUGUGACAACCGUUCCUCAGCUGUCAUGCGUUUGUAUUUUAAUUUUGUAUUGACUUGUUUUUCCAUUUAUUUAUUUUAGGUACAAAGAGAUGUUUCUUAGUUGUCUAUGUAUCAUUUUUUUCUUAUUUUAUUGUCAUGUUCUGCUAUGAAAUGGUAUCUGUAACCAUUGAAAGCAUUUAUAUUUUGUUGAAUGGAUGUAUGCACCUUGUAUGUUUGAUAUAUAUGUGCACAAAUUUAAAUUAAAGUUUGUUUGUUUUUCC